CAGCCACGCUUGAUCGAUCCCCCACAUAUGGCACCCAGCAGCCUCCCCCUGCCGCCUCCUUUGCUGCUCACCCCGUCCCGUCGCCGCCUCCUCGUCCUCACCCGCCGCCGCCGCCGACGCAACGCAGCCUGAGCUCGAGCGCGCGCGCGCGGGGUGCUCCGGGGGUUUUCGAUAUGGACAUCGACCCUUCCUCCGCCUCUCACGCCGACGGCGGGGCCAGCGACAUGUGGCCCUUCGACUCGCUCACGACCUCGCUCUUCUUCUCCUCCGUCUCCUCCUCCCCGCCGCCGCUUACGACGCUGCCCGUGGCGUCCUCGUCCUGGCUCGCGCCGCCCUCCCCGCUCUGGCUCUUCGACGACCGCCAGCUGCUGCCGAUCGAGGUGGGACCGCCGCCCGUCUCCGCGGCGGCGGAGAACGCUGCUGUGGCCGCUGCCGCUGCCGCGGCCGCGGCCGCCGAGGACGUCCAACGAGCCCGCUCCGGGAAUUCGGACACAGCAAGUAAGAGGGUUGAACGACUUAACAACAACAAAUGGCAGAUUCACCUAUCUCUGCAUGACGAUAGCACAAACAGCUCUUGUUUGUUUAAGGAGAAGCUUACACAUGCUCUCAGGUACUUCAAGGAGUCGACAGAUCAGCAUCUGUUGGUUCAGGUUUGGGCACCGGUUAAGAGUGGAGAUCGCUACGUGCUUACUACGUCAGGACAACCAUUUGUACUUGACCACCAGAGCAUUGGGCUACUUCAGUACAGAGCUGUAUCCAUGAUGUACAUGUUCUCCAUAGAUGGAGAUAAUGCUGGAGAGCUUGGGUUACCUGGGCGUGUCUAUAAGCAAAAAGUGCCUGAGUGGACACCAAAUGUGCAGUAUUAUAGCAGCACUGAGUAUCCACGCCUUAACCAUGCUAUCAGUUACAAUGUUCAUGGUACUGUUGCUUUGCCUGUUUUUGAUCCUUCUGUUCAGUCUUGUAUUGCUGUUGUUGAACUUAUAAUGACAUCGAAGAAGAUAAACUAUGCCGACGAGGUCGAUAAAGUCUGCAAAGCUCUUGAGGCAGUAAAUCUUAAAAGCACUGAGAUAUUGGACCAUCCAAAUGUCCAGAUAUGUAAUGAAGGUCGUCAAUCUGCUCUGGUGGAGAUACUAGAGAUCUUGACAGUCGUAUGUGAAGAGCACAAGCUUCCUUUAGCACAAACUUGGGUCCCUUGCAAGUAUCGAAGUGUAUUGGCGCAUGGUGGUGGUGUUAAGAAAAGUUGCUUGAGCUUUGAUGGAAGUUGCAUGGGGGAGGUAUGCAUGUCAACCAGUGAUGUAGCGUUUCAUGUUAUUGAUGCCCACAUGUGGGGAUUUAGAGAUGCUUGUAUAGAGCAUCACCUGCAGAAGGGACAAGGAGUUUCUGGAAAGGCUUUUAUCUAUCACAGACCUUGUUUUUCGAAAGAUAUUAGUCAGUUCUGUAAGGUGGAGUAUCCCCUUGUGCACUAUGCUCGCAUGUUUGGAUUGGCUGGCUGCUUUGCGGUAUGUUUGCAAAGUCCUUACACUGGAGAUGAUUAUUAUAUAUUAGAGUUUUUCCUGCCACCCAGUUGCAGAGACGAAGAUGAUCAAAAUGCCUUGUUGGAGUCUAUAUUAGGUCUCAUAAAUCAGUGUCUCCGUAAUCUAAAGGUAGCUGAUAAUGGGGCCUCCAAUGAGGCUUCUCUUCAACUUAGUAAUGUGCUAAUAAUUGAAAAUGAAGAUUUCAAGACAACUGGGCAUUUUGGGAACUCUGAAGGUUGCUUUCGUGAAUCGCCUGAAGACGAUACAAAUGGAGUCCACGAGUUUGAUAAAGGGAAUAAUAAAGUAUCAGAGGGACAUGUGUUGGCUGAUGAUAACUCUCAAAACAAUGGCACGUCUGUCUCCAGGCCAAAUGGUAGUGGUGCUUCUGAUUCUUCAUUGCUUCACAAAAGCAACAAACAACCUGAAAGGAGACGAGGAAAAGCUGAAAAAACUAUCAGUUUAGAAGUUCUUCAGCAAUAUUUUUCUGGAAGCCUGAAAAAUGCUGCAAAAAGCCUUGGUGUGUGCCCCACAACCAUGAAGCGCAUCUGCAGGCAACAUGGGAUUUCUCGCUGGCCAUCUCGCAAAAUCAACAAGGUCAACCGGUCUCUCUCGAAAUUAAAGCAGGUUAUUGAGUCUGUUCAAGGCUCGGAUGCGGCAUUUAAUCUCACGUCUAUAACAGGUCCUCUUCCUACUAUUCCUGUUGGCCCUUCAUCAGAUUCUUUCAAUAUAGAGAGAGCAAAUCAAAGUAAAGCAGAACUUUCAAAUCCUGCUGUUGAUGGCGACAGAGAUUCAUCUUUGCAAAAGUCCCUAGAAAAUGGUAGCCACUUUGGUCUAGUCAUGCCGCAGCAAGGAUUUGUAGACACUAGCAACAAUGUCCAACUUGAAGCAGACAAAGUUUCUCUCUCAAGAAGUUCAUCAGGAGAAGGCAGUAUAAAUUCACGUACUUCAGAGGGCUCGUGUCAGGGAAGUCCUGCGAACCAGACAUUUGUUUGCAAGCCUAUCGCUUCAACAUUCUUGGAACCACAACCAAAUCCUGAGGGGUUCACAAAAGAGCCUUUCCAAGAACCAGAGCUUCCACUUUCCAGGAUGCUCAUUGAGGAUUCUGGUAGUUCCAAAGAUUUGAAGAAUUUCUUCACUUCAGCUACUGACAAACCAAAGUUUGCCCCUCCCAGCAAUUUCGGGCCAAUGCAGAAUUCGGGGACCGUGACGAUAAAGGCGAGUUUUAAGGAAGACAUUGUAAGGUUCCGAUUCCCAUGUUCUAGCAACGUUAUGGUAUUGAAAGAUGAAGUGGCCAAAAGGCUGAGGAUGGAUGUUGGCAUGUUCGAUAUCAAGUACCUUGACGAUGAUCAUGAGUGGGUGAAGUUGGCUUGCAAUGCGGACUUGGAAGAAUGCAUGGAGAUCUCCCGGCAUUCUCGCAGCCAUGUCAUCAGGCUAUUGGUUAGCGAUAUUGCGGCCCACAUUGGUAGCUCUUGUGGAAGCUCUGGUUGAUAUGCAAGUCACCUUUUAAAAGUUUUCUUCAAUGGUAUGUACAAGUUCCUGUUCCAUGAGGUCAGUUGUUAAGCUAGUUCUGUUGCUAGAUAGCUUUAGCAGCUUCAUUGUGUUCGGUUACCGUACCAAUAUUUUUUGUAUGAUUAUGUGUAACUCCACAAAACACACGUGUUGUCAAUGCUGUACAUAUUUCGCAUGUGGUGCUGGAAAUUCUAGUGGUACAGUUAUAAACCGAAAUUGUUGUAAUAUGACUCUUUGUUGUCCAGAAAUUGAACAGCUUUGUAGGUUC